CCUAGCCCAUCCCAAGAUGGCGGAGCUCCCCCUGUACUUUGUGGACUUGCAGGAUGACUUAGACGACUAUGGGUUUGAGGACUGUGGCCCAGAUUGCAACGACAGAAUGACAGCUUUCUUGGACAUCCCAGGCCAGGAUAACCUGCCUCCUCUCACCCGCCUGGAAAAGUAUGCAUUCAGUGACAAGUGUCUUCCACCGUCAGAUCAUCACCAGAGGACUGCUGGAUGUCUUCCAGGACUUCAGCCACAACGAAGAUGGCUUUCUGAUGGUCGUGGAGAUGGUCAUCAGAUGUCCAAAGACUCAGAGCCCACUGUGCGCACCGAGCUGAUGGAGCAGAUUCCUCUCAUCAUCACUUUCUUACCAGAGCGCUGGUUGGAUUUCCCUGUGAUGUUCACCAAAUCCUUCCUACCUGUCGUGCUGCAGUGCCUCACAGAUCCAGUCAGGUGCGAGCGCUGUCACCUUGCUAUCUCUCCAGUUAGGAAGUCCAGUCAGGAAGUCCUGCUGCUGCUUCUAGAACAAGAGCUCAUUUUCCAGUUCGAUGUGGAAAAUAAAGUAUGUUCGAUUCUGCUGGAGCUGUCUGCCCCUGACCAUGACGCCGGGUGCAAGACGGAGGCCAUAAUCUGCAAAAUGGUGUGUCUGCUGAGCAAGACCACAUAUGAGCACCUGCUGCUCCCUGGAUUCUGUGAGCUGUGUGGAGACAGCAAGCUCGUUCAAGUUCGGAAGGUGUGUGCUACAAAUUUUGGUGACAUUUGUCAUGCUGUGGGACAGGAAGCCACUGAGACCUUUCUGGUACCAAAAUUUUUUGAGCUCUGCUCAGAUAACAUGUCGGGGACAUGGAAGGCGUGUGCGGAGUCCGACAACACCUCCCUGGAGGCCUGCAGGACCCAACUCUCACCUCUCUUCAUCAGGCUCAUCGCUGCCUUCCAGUCCCUUGGCCCCUUCAUCUCCACCUUUGCAAACCCAUCUAGGGCCGGCCUGUACAUUCGGGAGGUUGGCACCCUGAGCAUCCGGCCUCCACACCAGGAGGUGGAGACUGAUUUUGCCUCUACCUCACCUGAGCCCGGCAGUCGCAGUACCCACUCUUCAGCCAGUUCCAGGAAGCCAGUGCGCAUAGAACCAGAAACUAGUCAUCUGUACAUCAGUAGCUGUUCCACAGAUAGAACAGAAAACCGGCCGGGGAGCCCUUCCUCAGUCAGAGCUGAGCCAGCCAGGCUUUCCCCAGAUGACAGCACCUUCCUGGAGCUCUCCGAUGUUAAUGACCACAUCAGCAGCAGCUACGCUGAACCAGGCCCAGGGACUUCUGAGGACACGUUCAGUAACGUCCUCUAUUGGCGAACUCCUUUGCCUGACAUAAGCAAAGAUGUGGAGCUGCUUCUGAGUGAGACUGGGCUGCAGGACGAGGGCUGCGUUAGACCUGAGGCUGCAUACAACAGCUGCGUGGCCGGGAGUGAGAUCCAGAAGGUCUUGCAUCUGCAGGAGCUUAUGAUGGGCGAUCUGGACGUUCAAGCUCAGGUUCAGGUGUUAUCUGCCGCCCUGAGAGCAGCACGGCUCGACUCCAACAGUGAGCCCGAGAACAAGCCAACAGAAGGUCUAAGCCAAGUGUCGUUCCAGAUCCCAGCUCUGUCUCUGACCGUCACAUCGCCCUUCCGGAGUCUGAGAUGUGGGACCUUAGCUGGAAGGCCUGGAGUUCCUUCUUACCGGAGACUCUGGAAGUUUCCUAAACUGCUUGUCAUUGGGGUUCUUAGGCCUUCCUGGCUCCUCCUCAGCUUGCACUCGGACCAGUUUAAGCUGGGGUCUCCCAUCGCCUACGUUCUGGGCGAGUUGGAUCCAAGCGACCCCCAGAAUGAAACCAGUGACCAUCUAGAGAUUGAGCAGAGGCACAAACCUAUCACACUUGAGGAGAAAAAGUCUAAAUUACAGCUUGUGGGCACUGAUUACACCUCUGUCAGGGUGGGAGACACUGUGCACUCGGCUCUAGGAAGGCCUCUCCCUCUUGUACAGCUUCUGCAUUGCUGCUGUCUCCGGGCUGCAGCCCUGCUCCUCACACUGCUGGCUUUGAUGCUCUGUGUGAGCAUGAUGGUUUCAUUUCUCUCAUUCCCCAGGACAUUAAUCCCUCAGCCUCUGCUGGACUAGUUCAUGUCCAUGACUGACCCAGCUCAAGCCCAGACUGUAGAUACUGACAUAGCCAAGCACUGUGCCUACAGCCUCCCUGGGGUGGCCCGGACCCUCAGCAGGCAGAACUGGUACUGUCUGAAGCACACAUAGGAAACACUGACUUCUGACGUUCAGUGGAAGGUCCGACGGACCCUCACUUUCUCUGUUCUGAUUCUCGGGGAUCAGUUGACGGCAGCUGACCUGUUACCCAUUUUCAAUGGAUUUUUAAAGGAUCUGGAUGAAGGAUGCAUAGGAGUUCUUAAACAUCUGUAUGGUUUCCUAAAGUUGCUCCAUGAGGACAGGGGAGAGUAUCUUUACCAGUUUCAAGAACUCAUGGUGAUGGAGAGCAGCCGGAACCGGAGGUUUCGAUAUGAACUAGCAGAAAAGCUGGUACUGAUUCUGGAGCUCUGUGACCCCAAUGAUGUUCACGAUCACCUAAUGCACAUUGCCUUGAAGCUGUGCAAAGUUUCUGAAGUUCUCUGGAUUUCCUUCAAG